AUGUCUACUGCUCCAGAGAACCAAGACACCCCCCGUAUCAUGUUGUUCGGCAACAAAAUGGAUCAGGAGAUCUAUACUCCUUGGAAGCAAUACUAUAUGAAUUACACUCAUUUGAAGAAAUUGUUGAAGGAAGGAGUCAUUCUUAAGGAUAACUGGCUGGAUAAAGAUGAACAAUUAUUUGUUGCUGCUUUGGACGAAGACUUGGAAAAGGUUUACACUUUCCAACACGAAAAGUAUGAUGAAUUAAGUGCUGAAUUGGAUGACUUACAACUUCUGACCACCAAACAGACAUCAGGUUUUGAUGUUCUGGCGUUCUCAAAAGAAUUGGAUGAAGUCUUGUCAAUGACAAGAGAGUUGGACCAUUUCCAAAGACUUAAUUAUACUGGGUUCACCAAAAUCGUUAAGAAACACGAUAGAUUACACCCUCAGUUCUCUGUUCAACCUUUGCUAAAUGUUCGACUUAAGAAGUUACCCUUCCAUCUGGAAGAUUAUUCUCCUUUGCUUUAUAAGGUGUCUGCAUUGUUCCAGUUCCUCAGAGAUAACUAUGAUGUGGAUCAAUCUUUGUCCAAGUUAUCGUCAUUCAACGAUGAAACCAUUCAAGAUUAUCAAUCGUUCAAGUUUUGGAUUCACCCAGACAACUUGAUGGAAGUGAAGACAACUAUCUUGAGACAUUUGCCUGUGUUGGUUUAUGACCAGUCACAUGGCAAUGGAAGAGGUGCAGAAAACCAGGAUGGUGAUAUUGAUGAUGAUGACGACGAUGACGAUGACGAUGAUAAUCCAGUUAUCAACUGUUUGUACUUUGAUUCACCCAACUUUGACAUGUAUAACCAUAAGUUAGUGAAGAGUCCUAACUCAUCUACUUUACGUAUCAAAUGGGUAGGGAAGUUGUCUGAAAGACCCAAGAUAACUGUUGAAAAGAAGAACUUUGACGUUACUCAUGAUGAUUUCAACAUUGAUGAAAGGGUUCAAAUUAAGGAGAAAUACCUUAAUGACUUUGUUCAUGGUCUGUUUGUUCCACUGAAGAAGUUGGAGGCUAAACUUCAAAGAAAUGGUUCUCUUGAUACUAUUGGUAAGUUACAACUGUUCAUCAAGGAUAAUCACUUGCAACCAGCCAUUAGAACCAUGUAUAAAAGACAAGCGUUCCAAAUUCCAGGUGAUGAUCGGAUCAGAAUUGUCAUUGAUUCCAACUUACUCUUUGUUAGAGAAGAUUCCUUUGAUGAAUCUCGUCCUAUCAGAGAUCCUAGUAACUGGCAUCGUAUUGACAUUGAUCUGAACCCUCAGAACCAGCAUGCUUACUUGCGUUCCGGAGAAUUCAGUAAGUUUCCAUAUUCAGUCAUGGAAAUCAAAAUCAAAUCUGCUAAACGUAAGUCUCUUCAUUGGGUUGAUGAAUUGGUCCACGAUACAAGCUUGGUUACUGAAGUUCCUAACUUUAGUAAAUUCAUUCAAGGUGUUGCUUCUUUAUUCCUUGAAGACGAUAAGUUGGAUAACAUUCCUCUUUGGUUCAAUGAAUUGAAUAGUUUGCAAGACCAAGUUAAACUUGCCUUGACUAUUGAUCCCAAGCAACAAAUCGCUCAAAACAAAUUGAAACUUGAAAAGGUUCAAAAUGAUGAAGAGAACUUGGCCAAGUUUAAGUCAUUAUUGAACAAUACUAAGGACAAUUUCCAACCUAGAUCAAAGUCAUUUUCGCUUUCAAGUCCUCUUUUGGUAGGUGACAGAACUGUUUCCAAUUCCACAGUCCCCAAAAUCCAAGAGGUCGAUGAAAGUGGUCUUGCCUCUUCUACUUCUCCUACCAAGAGAGAUAUUGUCAGUGUUUCACUUUUGGACAGAUCCAACCUGACUGCCAGUUUCAAUGGUGGUAUGCAAGUUGCUGGUCCAUCUGGUGAAGGUGCACGUGAUUUGGACGAUGGAGAUUCUUCUGAAGAUUAUGAGGAUGAUGAUGAUAUUUCUGAUUCACAUGCUCCCGGAGCCCUUUCCAAGUUACUUCGUUUCCCUACUACCUUGUCUAAAUUGAUUGACGUUGAUAGUGAAGAGGAAGAAGAACCUGACUUACCUAUGGGGGUCACUAAACCAGAAGGCUACAUUAAGAAUGCCGGUCCGUUACGCAUAGAACCCAAGGUUUGGCUUGCAAAUGAACGUACCUUCAACAGAUGGUUGCAUGUGACCACUUUACUUUCAUCGCUUACGUUUAUCAUCUAUUCUCUGGCCAAUAAAGCCAAUUCCUUUGAAUUAUCUGAAACAUUGGCCUACAUAUAUUUUGGUCUUACGUUAUUCAGUGGUGUCUGGGGCUACUAUGUGUUUAUGAAGAGACGUGAUAUUAUUAUGGAAAGAUCAGGUAAGCAUUUGGAUAAUGUUUUCGGUCCAUUGGUUGUAGCUGUUGGUUUAAUUGGUGGAUUGAUCAUCAACUUUGUCUUUGGUUGGAAAAAGAUUGCACAAGCUGCUGCUAUGGCCAAUGGAACUGCUGCUAUGGCCACACUUGGUAAUCAUACGAAUGGUGACUUUGCUCAAGCAGUUACCCGAGACUUUUAUGCUCAAAACCCAUUCCAUAAGGCCAUCCAUGAAUUUAUUUUCUCAUGGGUUGCAUAA